GAUGUCCGGAGCCAAGCGUCGGUUAUCUGCCGACUCGGCCCCUGGUGGUGGAGGGGUUAGUAACGGGUGUCGGCGUCUUAUUAGCGGCCCCAUAUCCGUCAGCUGCGGAAAUCAAUUGUAUUUCUUUCUCGGUUCAACAUCCCCUGUUUUUUUCUUUUCUUUUUUCGUGCAGCCUGCACUUUGGCUGGGAAAGAAAGAACAAAAGACUCAAGAUCAAGGAGUUUAUGGACCGCCAUGAACAACAACAAACACACGCAAGAGCCUAUGGACUCUUCCCGGAGGACUUCGUCAGAUCAGCGAGAUGAGGAUAUCGAGGAGUAUGCGGAUAUUGUUCCUGCGAGAUCAAAAAGCCAUAACAGAGAGAUCCCGGGCGAUUCAAUGCUAUCAAAGCUGCCCUCAGGGGUUCUAAACUUCCAAGACGACCCAGUCUCGCGUCACCAAUCUCAUGCCGAGAUUCCUUACGAAGCCUACAACCGCUUCUCAAAACACCGCAAGCACGUCAUCGUUGCCGUGAUAUCGUGGUGCGGCUUGCUGUCGCCUAUUUCCAGCACGGCGGUGCUUUCGGCUUUGCCUGAAGUCGCCGCAGAGUACAAAACGACCGGAGACAUCAUUAGUCUCAGCAAUGCGUUGUAUCUCGUCUUCAUGGCUAUCAGUCCAUGUUUUUGGGGUCCUUUGAGCCAGGUGUACGGGCGGAAAUGGACCUGCACAGUCACGGCAUCGUUAUUCUUGGGAUGUUCCAUCGGCACUGCUCUGAGCCCAAACAUUGCCGCCUUCUUCGUCUUCCGAAUGCUCACCGCAUUCGCCGGAACCUCAUUCCUCGUCACGGGACCCGCUGUCAUCGGCGACCUGUAUCAUCCGACGGGGCGCGCCACCGCCAUGGGAUGGUUCCUGUCCGGCACUCUGAUCGGACCGACCGUCGGACCGGUCCUUGGCGGCAUCAUUGUGACUUAUACAUCGUGGCGCGCCAUCUUUUGGCUCCAGACUGCCCUCGCCGGUGUAGGUGUCGGCGGCGCCUUGUUCUUCAUGCCGGAGACAUUGCAGGAACUCAAGAGCGCAGAGCUCAAAGGUCUACCAAUGUCCAAAAAGAUCGGCGUUCUUUGGGGGAUGACCAAUCCUAUCAGAGUCAUCCGCCUCUUCCGCUUCCCGAACCUCGUUCUCGUAGCGAUCGCCAGCGGCUCGCUCGUGUGGAACAUGUACGGCAUGCUGACCCCCAUUCGAUAUGUCCUCAACCCACGCUUCUCUCUCACCUCGCCCGCCCAAUCCGGCCUCUUCUACCUCGCCCCGGGAUGCGGCUACCUUGCCGGUACGCUUGUCGGCGGACGGUAUGCGGAUUACACGGUCCGACGCUGGAUAGCGGAGCGGCACGGACGACGGAUAUCCGAAGACCGGCUUCGCUCCUGCAUACCUUUCCUCGGCGCGGCCCUACCGUGCUGCAUGCUCAUCUACGGCUGGACCGUCCAACAGCGCGCCGGAGGUGUCGCCGUGCCCGUCGUCUUCAUGUUUCUCGGAGGGGUGUCGCAGCUCUUCUGCUUUCCGAGCCUCAACACCUACUGCCUGGACGUGAUCCAAGGUCGGAGUGCGGAGGUGAUAGCGGGCAACUUCAUGGUAAGGUAUCUUUUUGGUGCUGCCGGAUCGGCUGUGGUGCUUCCAGCCAUCAAGAAAAUCGGCGUCGGUUGGUUCAGCACCAUUUCAGCGGCUUUUCUAGUCAUCGGAUCGCUGAGCGUCUUGGCCGUGGCGCUAUGGGGUAGAAGUUGGCGUACUCGGAUUGAUGAAAGGACAAGAUCGUCGAAAUAGCAUGAUUGAGGGAAAUGGAGAGUGUUGGCACAAGGGGAAUCGAUAUAUCGAUAAAAGUCGUGAUAACUUCACUUUGGUCAAUUGGUGCAGCUAUGAAGGAAGGAAGGAUAGUAGACAGGGGUGCCUUGCAGUGGCCCUGCGAAGUAGGUGGGUGGCCUUUAGUGGGGCCGCCCACCUUAACUCCGAUCCUCCCUUAACUCCGAUACGCCAAUUCGGCAGCCCCGAUCCCUACGAACCAACAGAGAGAAAUCAGGCAAUUUCUCAAGUCAUAUCGAGUUGGUAUCAGUUAGUCAUGUAGAACUGUUCGGUUCUUUCAACACACAUCGAAUUGGAUUAUAAUUGUUCGAG